GCCACUGUUUUAUUCACCACCAACACUGCAAAUAAGGAACUCAACAAUGAACACUCUUAUUGUAUUCGGCCUGUUGGUCACCAUGGCCGUUGCAUACGGUGCCACCCUUCCAUCAGCUCUGCAACCCCAAAUCCAAGCACAAAUAGCAGACGCCCCCGAUCAGGUGGUCGAAGAAUUGGAACCCCAAGAGUCCAGAGGUUACGGACACCAUGGCGGCGGCGGUUGGGGACAUGGCGGGGGCGGUUGGGGACACCACGGCGGUGGCUGGGGACAUGGCGGCAGGGGCGGCUACGGUCAUCAUGGAUAACAUCUUUGCUAAAAUGUGAAAUGAUGAAGUGUUUC